GAAAGCACAGCAGGUGAUGCAGGUCCGUCCACAGCAUCCUCGUCUGCACCAGAGUUGCCAGGUUUCUACUUUGACCCAGAGAAGAACCGCUACUUUCGUUUGUUGCCUGGACACAACAACUGUAACCCUCUGACAAAAGAAGGGCUCCAGAAAAAGGAAGAGGAGAGAAAGAGAUCUGCGCUGCUGGCAGAGGAUGAUGGUCCUAGGAAGAAAGCUCCCAGGACUGGGCUGAAUUCUGCAUUGCUGUUACAGAAGAGACAUCUGGGUCUGCUGCCUCCUAGCUCCUAUUCUAGGCUGAUCCAUGAAGUGAAAGUGAGUGGGAUGCACCGUCACCAGCUGGAAGUGCAGAGAUCCAACUCCACCAGCCCAAACACCGAUAACUUCCAUCUCAUUGUUGCAGAUUCAGCUUGUGAGCGAGUCUUCACAGUAAAUGAUGUGUCGCACGGAGGCUGCAAGUAUGGCAUAAUGAAUUUCCAUGGCUGCAGAAAAGGCUCUCUGUCGGUGGAGAUGUGCGAUAACCUUUAUUUUACUAACCGCAAGGUGAACUCUGUAUGCUGGGCCUCUGUGACACACACAGACUCGCAUGUUCUAUUGUGUUUGGUGGGCAUUUCUCAGACCCCAGGCUGUGUCAGUUUAUUACCUGCUUCUCUCUUCAGCAACUUCAAUCCAGAUCAACCAGGGAUGCUGUGCAGUUUUAAGAUCUCCACAGCUUGGUCAUGUGCAUGGUGCCUCAACCCACAGGCUGAUAAAACCUUCAGCACUGGCCUUUCUCGACAAGUGAUUGUGACGGAUGCUGUGACCGGACGGAGAGCGACAUACCUCGCAGGCAGUGACGUUCUAGCUCAACAGUUUGCCGUGAGGGCUCCCGUGCUGUUCAACGGCUGUCGCUCAGGAGAGAUCUUCAGCAUUGACCUGCGUCAGCGUGACCGGGGUCGCACUCACGGUUGGAAGACCAACCGCUUCUUCCAGGAGUCGGCCAUCACCUCGAUCCAACUGCUACAGGACGAGAACUACCUACUCGCUGCUGACAUGCUGGGCAAGAUAAAGCUGUGGGACAUCCGUGUUAAGCGCUCUGUUAAACAGUAUGAAGGACACCAUAAUGAAUAUGCCUACCUACCCAUUCAUGUCAAUGAGCCAGAAGGAUUGCUGCUUGCUGUGGGUCAGGACUGCUACACCCGGCUCUGGAGCCUCCACGACAGCCGUCUCCUCAGGACCAUCCCCUCACCUCACCCUGCUGGGAAAGACUCGAUCCCAAAUGUGGUGUUUUCCUCCCAGCUGGGUGGUAGAAGAGGACUUCCUGGACUCCUUAUGGCUGUUCGUCAUGAUCUGUACUAUUACUCUUAUGACAAAGACUAUCAGGAUGGACUAACACUGGAGGGUCAGUUCUAACAGUUACCAUCUAAAAACGAAAAUCAAGCUGCUGUGUGGAAAAUACAUCUGUUGUCCUAUUGACCACAAUGUUGCCAUUUUACCAUUUGACUUUAGUUUUUUUUUUUAAAUAAAUAUUCUGGAUUAGACUA